AGAAGCAUAGGCUAACACAACAUACGGAAUAGUCUACCUCACAAGGUUUUCUAAACUCAGCUUUCUGUCUAUUUUGAAGGUGUGUCUAUUUUGUAGGUUAGGCCUAUUUAAAUCGAAAGUUAAGUUUUUGGAGAGAUUUAUCAGCUCUGCAGUCAAGUGUCUGUUCGUAUACAUGUACACUCUACUGAAAGCUGCUCAACAGUUAACGAAAACGUGAGGGAUUUAUGAUGCCAUGGAUUCAUUAUGCACAACAGACACAGGCUACCAUCCCCAUGGUUUGAUUAAUCAAGGGGCAACCUGUUAUUUGAACAGUGUGCUGCAGGUGUUCUUCAUGACCAAGGACUUCAGAGAGGCUGUUGAAAGUCAAGUAUUUCCUAAUGAUCAAGAACAAGAGACCAUUGAUCACAAGCUUAAAAGGCUGUUUCAAAAAUUAAAAGAAAAAGAAGCUGACACAAAGGACAUUUCUUGGACAUUGGACAUUCAAACCGUAUAUGAGCAACGUGACGCUGCUGAGUUUUUUGAGAAGAUUUUAAACAGGGUCAAGAAUAAUGUGUCUAAGAUCUUCGAAGGACAAUUGUCGCACACUAUCUCCUGUGCAAAUAGUCAUAUUUCCAAUAUUGAACCUGGUCCAUUUUGGGUUCUGCCCCUCUCCAUGGACGUAACCUUAGGCCCUGGUCAAAGCUACAGUGUGAAUGACGGUUUUGAGGAGUUUUUUGAGAAAUCAACUAUCACUGGGGACAAGCUGUACUGUGCUAAAUGCAAUGAAGAAGUGGAAGCAACAACUGUAUGUAAGAUGGUACAUCACCCAGAGAUUCUGACUCUGCUACUCAAGAGGUUUGAGUUUGACUACCAUGGGAUGACAUAUGUCAAAAUCAACUGCUCUGUGGACGUUCCUCACAAAUUACAGACAGAGAAUGGGGCAUAUGAACUCUAUGCAAUUGUGGACCAUGAAGGAAGUCUAAGAAGUGGACAUUACACUGCUACAAUCAGGUCCUAUGAGGAUCAGAAGUGGUAUUUGUUUAAUGACAGCAACGUAAGCCUGAUCACAUUGGAACCAAACUUAAGAUCACAAAGUGCUUAUCUGCUUAUUUAUAGGACAUGUGGAUACAGACAAGAAGAGGAUAAGAGGUCAGGUGGAAACAGAGAGGAAGAUGGAAAGAGUGUAUGUGGAAAGAAAGAAAAAGAGGGAGAGAAGAAAUUGUCAGGUGGAAACAGAGGAGACGAGGAGGGGAGCUCAUGGUCAAAGAGAAGAGGAAAUGAAAAGGAUGCAGCUAAAAAGAAAGAAUAUGAAUGGAUUGUAAAUAGGUUUUACUCAUGCAUAACAGCAAUUGGAUCAUGGAACAAAAGAGGAGAAUAUAAAAUUGAUGCAGAUGAAAAUAAAGGAGAAGGGGGCAAAAGUACAGAUGGGGAGAAUGGAGAUGGAGGGAAGGAGAGGUCAGGUGCAAAGAGAGAAGAUGAUAAAACGUCAGGUGAAAAAAGUACAGAAGAGGAUCAGAGGUCAGGUGGAAACAGUAGUGAGGAUGAUGACAGGUCCGGUGGAAACAGAAGAGGAGAAGGUGAUAAGAGGUCAGGUGGAAACAGUGGAGAAGAUGAUAAGAGGACAGGUGGAAACAGUGGGGAAGAGGAUAAGAGGCCAGGUGGAAACAGAGAAGGUGAUAAGAUGUCAGGUGGAAACAGUGAGGAAGAGGAUACGAGGCCAGGUGGAAACAGUGGAGGAGAUAAUAAGAGGUCAUCUGGAAACAGAGGGGAAGAUGAUACAAGGUCAGAUGGAAACAGUAGUGAGGAUGAUGACAGGUCCGGUGGAAACAGAAGAGGAGAAGGUGAUAAGAGGUCAGGUGGAAACAGUAAGGAAGAGGAUAAGAGGCCAGGUGGAAACCGUGGAGAAUAUAAUAAGAGGUCAGGUGGAAACAGUAUAGAGGAUGAUACAAGGUCAGGUGGAAACAGUAUAGAGGAUGAUGACAGGUCUGGUGGAAACAGAAGAGGAGAAGGUGAUAAGAGGUCAGGUGGAAACAGUGAGGAAGAGGAUAAGAGGCCAGGUGGAAACCGUGGAGAAUAUAAUAAGAGGUCAGGUGGAAACAGUAUAGAGGAUGAUACAAGGUCAGGUGGAAACAGUAGUGAGGAUGAUGACAGGUCUGGUGGAAACAGAAGAGGAGAAGGUGAUAAGAGGUCAGGUGGAAACAGUAUAGAAGUUGAUACAAGAUCAGGAGGAAACAGGUAUGAGGAUGAUGACAGGUCCAGUGGACAUAGAAGAGGAGAAGGUGAUAAGAGGUCAGGUGGAAGCAGUGGGGAAGAUGAUAAGAGGUCAUUUGGAAACAGUAGAGAAGAUGAUAAGAGGUCAGGUGGAAACAGAGAGGAAGGGAAUAAGAGGUCUUGUGGAAACAUUGAAGAAAAGCGGUCCGUUGGAAACGGUAGAGAGGAUCAUAACAGGUCCGGUGGAAACAGAAGAGGAGAAGGUGAUAAGAGGUCAGGUGGAAACAGUGAGGAAGAGAAUAAGAGGUCAGGUGGAAACAGAGAAAAAGAUGACAAGAUGUCAGGUGAAAAAAGUAAGGAAGAGGAUCAGAGGUCAGGUGGAAACAGUGUAGAAGAUGAUACAAGGUCGGGUGGAAAUAGUAGUGAGGAUGAUAAUAGGUCUGGUGGAAACAGUAAGGAAGAGGAUCAGAGGUCAGGUGGAAACAGUGUAGAAGAUGAUACAAGGUCGGGUGGAAAUAGUAGUGAGGAUGAUGACAGGUCCGGUGGAAACAGAAGAGGAGAAGGUGAUAAGAGGUCAGGUGGAAACAAUGGAGAAUAUGGUAAGAGGCCAGGUGGAAAUAGUGGGGAAGAGGAUAAGAGGCCAGGUGGAAACAGUAAGGAAGGGGAUAAGAGGCCAGGUGGAAACCGUCGAGAAUAUAUUAAGAGGUCAGGUGGAAACAGUAUAGAGGAUGAUACAAGGUCAGGUGGAAACAGUAGUGAGGAUGAUGACAGGUCCGGUGGAAACAGACGAGGAGAAGGUGAUAAGAGGUCAGGUGGAAACAAUGGAGAAUAUGGUAAGAGGCCAGGUGGAAAUAGUGGGGAAGAGGAUAAGCGGUCAGGUGGAAACAGUAGAGAGGAUGAUAAUAGGUCAGGUGGAAACAGAGGAGAAGAUGAUACAAGAUCAGGAGGAAACAGGUGUGAGGAUGAUGACAGGUCCGGUGGACAUAGAAGAGGAGAAGGUGAUAAGAGGUCAGGUGGAAACAGUGGGGAAGAGGAUAAGAGGCCAGGUGAAAACAGUUAGGAAGAGGAUAAGAGGUCAGUUGGAAACAGUGGAGAAGAUGAUAAAUGAUAAAACUAAAUAGUGUGACACAAAAUGUUGCCAGAAGUUUGCAAAUGUUUGCCACUAGUAGUGAAUCUGCGGCAAACCUUUGGCAACGGUAAUAUGUAUUGCCACUAGUGGCAAACAGUUCGCCAGAGUUUUUUUUCUUGCAAACAAUUCUCUUAAGAUUCUAUUUGAUUCUGUGGCAAACAUGUGGCAACAAUAUGUAUUGCCACUAGUGGCAAACAGUUUACCAGAAGCCAUUCUGGGUGAGCACACGAGUUCCAAGACCAGGAAUCGUUGAUGACCAAUCAUGGGGAUUACAAAAAUAGUUUGGAAAAUGGAAACCAAGUUAUCUAGUUCGCUACCUACCAAAGUCUGCCGCAACAAAUUCCUUUUUGUUACGUUAUUUAAACUUCCUAAUAAACUUUAAAAUUGUUAGCUGAUAAUUAUCACUGAGAAGAAUAUGAAUGUCAUACAGUCAAUGGCUCUGUAUUUCUACAUUGUUUAGAGGUCUACUCUAAGCAUGAGACACAUUUCAGCCAGCUUCCUGUUACAGUAUUACUACAUCCCAUACAUCCAGUACAUGCCAUUUGAUGUACACCUUGAUCUGAAAUACCAGUUUUGACAUGACAAUGAACACAGCAGGGGAGUUGGCUAAACACACAAACAUAUCUGGUACCAGGCUAGUCUACCACUGAGUCAAAUAAGAAACACUCUUUCCACAACAGAAGGAAGAAGAGGUCGCCCCAUUAUAUAUAAUGCUGGUCCAUACUGAAUAACUUGCUAGGUGUCAGUAAUUGCCUCUUACAUCAGAACACCUGACAAAGCCUGGCCUGUGACCCUACCCCUCCCUCUCCAGUACCAGGGGUCAGUACAGACCCCACUGUGGCUGCAGUCCUGGGGGUAAGUUCUGCUGUCUGUCUCCUGGCUGCCCUGAUGGUGGACUACGGGAGGUACCACUCCUCCAGAGUCACGGUGCAGGCUGCCCCUGAGGCCCCCAGUGUCGUGCAGUUGCACUCGACUCAAUGUGAUGUGAAUGACUGCUGAUGGAAAUUCAGAAUCCAUUAGGGAUUUUUUUGUUUGUUUAUUGUCUGAACUUAAAAUGAAUUUCAUGCAUGUUCAGAAAUUGUUGAGACUGUCAACAAGAUAUGUAUUGUUCGUGCAUACAUUUUUGAUAAAAGCACCAAAUUUGGAA